CUUGUCCUCCCUCAGUGUGUGAGUGUGUUCCACGCGUCUGAUAUCGUGGGUGAUCCCGGGGCUCAGAGUCCCAGGCAGGAGGUCGUCCCAACCAGGGUGACCAGCCACUGGUGGUCGUUACAGAGAGGCAGAGGAGGUAGUGGGCUGGGGACAGUGGCAGGCUCGGGGGUGGGGACAUGGCCAUGGGGGGGCCGCAUCCCGUCCUCCACUCUGCAGCGGGACAGGCGCUGGGGCUGGGGGGCCUGGAGCGGGGGUCUGUCCCGGGGAGGGCCCAGACUCUCCGAGCUCAGGCCGUGGCUGAGCCGAGGGGUGGCCGGGGCAGCAGGAGGUGCAGGUAGCCCCGGAGGAGGCGGAGCGGAGAAAGGAGGCAGGGUGAGAUGCUCCCGCAGAAUCUGUGUUCUCUUCGGCUCGCUGGCUCUCGUCUUCCUCACCUCGCUCUUCUUCUCCAUCUCCCUCCGCGGGGGCGUCAGCUUCAACUACCUGGAGCCGCCCGGGUGGGAGGAGUCGAGGCGGGUGAAGCUCGUGCCCAGCUACGCGGGCGCACAGCGUCUGUCAGCACCUGACGCCCAGCAGCAGAAAACAUGUGCCUGCCCUCGCUGUGUCGGAGACCCGGGCGUUUCUGAUUGGUUCGAUGAGAACUUCGACCCGGAUAUCUCACCUGUUUGGACCAGAGACAACAUCGAGCUGCUGUCUGAUGUCUACUACUGGUGGGUGAUGCUACAGCCCCAGUUUAAACCACACAGUCUCCAGCAGGUGCUGCUGAAGCUGUUCCAGGUGAUUCCCGGAAGGUCUCCGUACGGCUCGUGGGAUCCGGCACGCUGCCUACGCUGUGCGGUGGUGGGAAACUCUGGAAACCUCCGCGGGGCCGGGUAUGGCCCCACUAUAGACGGACACAACUACAUCAUGAGGAUAAACCUGGCCCCCACAGUGGGCUACGAGGAAGACGCAGGCAGCCACACCACCCAUCACUUCAUGUACCCGGAGAGCGCCAAGAACCUGGCUGCCAACGUCAGCUUCGUGCUGGUUCCCUUCAAAACACUGGAUCUUGUGUGGAUCACCAGUGCCCUGUCCACCGGCCAGAUUCGAUUUACUUAUGCUCCAGUGAAGCAGUUCCUCCGCGUAGAUAAAGACAAGGUCCAGGUCUUCAACCCGGCCUUCUUUAAAUACAUCCACGACCACUGGACCCGGCAUCAUGGACGCUACCCCUCCACUGGCAUGCUCGUGCUCUUCUUUGCCCUUCACGUCUGUGAUGAGGUGAAUGUGUUCGGUUUCGGGGCCGACAGCCGGGGGAACUGGCACCACUACUGGGAGCAGAACCGCUACUCCGGAGAGUUCAGGAAGACGGGCGUCCACGAUGCCGACUACGAAGCCCAGAUAAUUCAGCAGCUGGCCAAGGCCGAAAAAAUCACUGUGUUCCCCGGGAAAUAACCAGCAAGUCCCGCAGCAUGAACCCAAGGUUUCAUGUUCGGAAACAGACACUUAGAAUGUGUUAGAUAUUCUCACUUUCACUUAGCUCUUUCAGUUCUGGUUUGCAGAUGAUGUCAAUCAAAUCCAAACUGAAGGCAAGAUGAAGUGUCAAAAGGGAACUGGUACCAAUUCUCUUUCCCUCACGUUUGGGAAAUAGCUCACCAGUCUUGGUUCUGAUUGGAGAGUGUGGUGUAGGAUCCAGUAACAGGGAUCCUAAGACUCAUGUAGAUAAGUUGUUGUGCUCACUUUAAACUGACAUUAAAGGGAGUGUUGGGCCUUAAGUUUGACCGUGAGGUAACUGACUCACCGUGAGGAGUGACAGACAAAGACCACUGAACUCUUUCCCAGGGCAGCUUCACCACAGACGCCGACUUUGACUGUGUACAGUGCCGAGACAGCCGGAGAGGGACAGACUUCACGGAUAAAUGUCCCACCUCUGGACUCAAACCAGUGGAAUUAUUAUUUAAUCCAUGCAACAUACUGAAAAUACAACCCUAACUGCACCAUUAGCAUCCAGGAGGCCACAUGGUGACUGACAGGGAACUGACAGAUCACCUUCUCACCUGUGGAGAUUAACAAACACCAGGAUCAGACCAGAUUGAGGAUUAUGGACACUGUGGAAAACUGUGGAAAGCUGUGGAAACACUAUCAGACGUGAUUGUACUGUCAAACAUUUCGAGGGCACCGGGACGACUGCUGCAGCUCUGUCAGGACCCCAGGGCCUGUUUUGAUUUGCUGUCACUUGAGAGAGAAUUGUUCUUAUCAAAUCACAGACGAGGUAAAACAUCUCUCGCCUCUUAACUCAUUUAUGUCAGAAGACUGCGUCUCAAGGACUUUCUCUGAUGGGCUGUAAAACGAUUGAUUAGGAGACGACAGGUUAUUGCUGUGGGUUUCUAGUGAGUGUCCUUUAAACCCCACUGAGGUCCAGACCAGCCUUAGCGAGGCUUCGGUACCUUGCAGAUCCAUUCAAGACUUUUGCUUUAGGUCCAUUCUGACACAGAAACGUUGGCUGCAGCUCGAGCAUCAGCUUCUCUGGCCUGAUUUCCAAAGCCAAAGAAACCACAGGUCGAGCUCCAGACUCCUGACUCACUGGGAGACUGUUGGUUUGACUCGGUGAGACUCUAAUGAGGCCAAAAGUCCAUCUCCUGGGAUUUCAUGUUUGGAUGGAGGCACGCUGGUUUCUGGACCUGAGUUAAAUCCCCAUGUGGUGUGUGAGGGUCUAAUUUGGGAGGAGGACUACAGACAGAGAGCUGGGGCAUGAAGAGCCAGUCUGACAAAGCCAGCAUUAGAAACACAUCAUUGGCUCCAGUGUUUUAAAGGAUGAAACAAAAAGGUUUCCCUGGUGUUGUUUAUCCUCUUCACACUCCUACACAGAUUGUACUGGGUUCACCACUUUGGUUUUUAAAGGACAGAGACAAAAAGAAAACCCGCUGCUUCUUUUCCCUGUCACACAUCUCACACUCUAACCUCCUGCGUCCCAGAGAAGUGCUUUCGCCCCAGAUUCAGGGGAAAGAAACUCCCACUGGAUCUGGGAACUCUUUAACUUCAGUCAGCAGCUCAGCGUCAUUAACCACCAGCCCUAUGGUCCCUGCUCAGCCAAUUAGAACGCCAGCUAUGUCUGGAAGGGGGUGUAGCCACCAGACGCCUUAGACUUCACCCCCCCCCCGUUCUGCAGAAACUGCACUUCUUGUUCUGAUCCUCACGCUGAAGGCACAUCCUCCUGAAGACUGCAGAUAUCAGCUGUUAGUUUCCUACUGUUUAGAGUUGAGUUUGCACUUUGGCCGGAUUUAUACUAUUGGCUCGGUUUUCCUUCCAGGUGGCACAUUAACGGUUCCAUCAGCAAACGAUAUCCACUUACAAAUUUGUGUUCUCCAUUAUUGGUCAUUUGCAUCUUGAGCAAGGACACCUGAACAAAUAUUUGUGAAGGAAGUGCUUCUAGACAGGAUCAGAAAAACAAAUAUCCAGACGGUUUCGUAGACAAGCAGGAAAAUAGAGGUGUUGGUUUUGAGCUGAAACUGUAAAUCCAUGUGAACACGAUGUGACAGAUGUGUUUGUAAAGACGGAGCCGCAGGCUGCAAAGGAGAAGAGCAGCGUGUCAACAGAAGUUCUACUUACGUGUGGUUUUCAAAGUGCAAUGACUAAUAUCUUUCCUUGAGUAUUUACACUAAAUUUAUCGUUUUGAAUGAA